GUACUACGAUACUAGUAGAGCUAGCUAGCUAGCCAGUACCGGCAGUGCCUCAUUGCCUCGUUGUCAUCGAAGUGCUUUGAGAACCAUGCCGACAACAGAAGAGAAGACACCAUCAUCGCAGGACGACGAAGGUCGCUUGAAGGAUCUAGCCGCUUCGGUGGAGAGUGCCAUUGAUAAUCCCACUUACGUUCUGACCAAAGAUAUUGAACAGCACAAUCCCGAGACAGUGUGGAAGGCCCUCAGCACCCCGGGCCUCCUGAUGGAAAUGCAUCCAUUGAUUGUGGAUGUGCAAGUGAUUCAGAGACAGGAAGGAGACGACGGAACCAUAAAAGGAAUUUUGGACGUUACAGAUCAGCUGGAGUUUCUUUGCGGUCUCGUCAAGUCCAAAACAACCUACCGAGCCUACAUGCAUUGCAGCCCUCCCAAAGCUAAUGCCGAGCCAGCAUCCGGCACACGAAAAAUCUACUUUCAAACUUCCACCAUGGGGACGACGGUAUCCACUCGGAUCGAUUGCGAACCAGCCAAUGCCACUGGUACUACAGUCACCCAGACAACGUUCAUCACGGCUCCAUUUGGAUUGCGGAGAUACGUGCAGCAAACGGCCCGAAUGGCACAUGAAGGUUCCCUGGAAUCGCUUCCCAGUAUUCUUGACAAACUAAGUAGUGGUUCCUGAUGAAAGGAAGCUCUCUGGUUCGACGUGGAGUUUUCGUUGGCUAUUUGGAAAACAACCGGCCUUUCUGUGUGACAUAUCAUGUAGACGAGACCUCACCUUCAACACAUACAUGUGGUGUGGAUCCAUUUCAAGUGGAUUUAUGAGGUUGAUUUGCUGUAUCUAGGUCCAUCUCCAACUCCCCCCAGCCACGAAACCCAAUCCGCUACAUGCGUCUCUCACUUUAGUGGAUGAUGUCAUAGGAAGCAAAUACGCAGAUAUGCUAGUGCUUUACUACCACGGACUUUCACAUACACUAUACUAAUUAGACUAUGUUGACAGUGCAUUGCAAAUCCUCC